AUGGUGGCUGAAAAGCCAUCGCUUGCCGAAGCAUUGGCCAAGAUCAUGUCCCAUGGAAAAUUCUCUUCUCGUAAGGGGAUCAACGGAGCUUGCAGUGUCCACGAAUGGAACGGAACCUUCCUUGGUGAACCCGUUCACUUCAAAAUGACCUCAGUUUGUGGUCAUGUCAUGACCCUUGACUUCAACAGCCGUUAUAAUAAAUGGGACGCUGUUGAUCCAAUUGAGUUAUUUACUGCCAAGAUUGAGAAGAAGGAGGCAAAUCCGAAGCUCAAUAUGGUUAAUUUCCUUCAGAAAGAGGCAAAAGGUGCUUCAUCUCUUAUUUUGUGGUUGGAUUGUGACAAGGAAGGAGAGAAUAUUUGUUUUGAAGUUAUUGACGCAGUGUCUCACAUCAUGAACCCGCAGGCAAGGAUCUACAGAGCUCAUUUCACUGCUGUGACCGACCACGAAGUCCAAUCUGCAAUGCGAAAUUUACGACAACCGAAUAAAAAUGAAGCUCUCUCAGUGGAUGCCCGCCAGGAGACAGAUCUUCGCAUCGGAUGCGCUUUUACUCGCUUCCAGACACGAUUUUUUCAAGGCAAAUACGGUGAUUUGAACAGUCGACUGGUUUCCUUUGGUCCAUGCCAAACGCCAACACUGGGUUUCUGCGUGAAACGCCACGAUCGAAUACAGUCAUUCAAGCCGGAAACCUUCUGGCGUAUCGCCGCUUCGAUUGUGGCUAAUGAGAGUGGAGAUCGAUUGCCACUUACAUGGAAUCGUGACCGACUUUUUGACAAAGAAGCUGCAACUCUUUUUCUCAAUGCUGUAUCUGGCGCUGAUAAAGCGGUAGUAGUGGACGUGAGUCGAAAGGUGAAAGUGAAGCAACGUCCUCAGGGAUUGAAUACCGUAGAACUGCUACGAGUGGCGAGUGCGGCUUUGGGAAUUGGACCUCACAGCACGAUGGCGAUCGCUGAGCGACUCUACACUUCGGGAUUCAUCAACUAUCCGCGAACUGAGUCUACUGCCUACCCACCUUCAAUGGAUUUGAAAGCUCUCUUACGACAACAUGUCAAUCAUCCAAGGUGGGGUAACGUGGUGCGUGAGAUGUUGGACUCCGGAGGUUACCACAAUCCCCGCGCUGGCCACAAUGCCGGCGAUCACCCUCCGAUCGCUCCAAUGCGCUGCACCACUGAGCUCUCUGGUGAUGCUGCUCGCAUCUACGACUAUGUCGCGCAGCACUUCAUCGCCACUGUACGUUCCUUUAUUCUCUUCUGGUCGUCUUCAGUGUUGAAGAUACACUAG